CACCGAACGAUGGUCCUCAGCCUCCUCCUCUUCCUUCUCUUCUUCCCCUCCCUCGCCGCUCCCUCACGCAUUCCGGCCAUCAUCGUCUUCGGUGACUCCACCGUCGAUGCUGGCAACAACAACUACGUCCGGACCAUCGCCAGAGCCAACUUUCCUCCCUACGGACGCGACUUCCCAGGCGGCCGCGCCACCGGCCGCUUCUGCAACGGCCGCCUCGCGACCGACUUCGUCUCGGAGUCCCUCGGCCUCCCGCCCACCGUCCCCGCCUACCUCGACCCGGCCUACUCCAUCAAGGACUUCGCCACAGGCGUGUGCUUCGCAUCGGCCGCCACCGGGCUCGACACCGCCACCUCCGACGUGCUAUCUGUGAUACCUCUGUGGCAAGAGAUGGAGUACUUCAAGGAGUACAAGAAGCGGCUGACGCACUACGUGGGGAGGAAGAAGGCCAUGCACAUCAUCCACGAGGCCGUGUACAUCGUCAGCGUAGGGACCAACGACUUCAUCGAGAACUACUACUCGCCGACGAGCAGCCGGAGAAAGCAGUUCACGGUGGAGGAGUAUGAAGACUUUCUCAUCGGCCUCGCCGCUCGCUUCCUCACCAAGCUACACCGGCAGGGGGCUCGCAAGAUCUCCUUCACAGGGCUCAGCCCCUUCGGGUGCCUACCGUCGGAGCGGGCCACCAACUUCCUCGGCCACGGUGAGUGCAUGGAGCAGUACAACAAGGUGGCCAUUGACUUCAACAUGAAGCUACAGGCGUUGAUAGAGAGACUGUGCGCUUCGUCCCCGGGGCUCAAGCUGAGAUUUUCUCCCACGUAUGACUUGUUCCUCCACGUCGUACAGAAUCCAUCCUCAUAUGGAUUCGAGAACGCGAUUCGAGGAUGCUGCGGGACGGGAAGAAUGGAGAUGGGCUACUUCUGCAACGAAUGGAGCCAUUUCACGUGUGAAGACCCAAACAAGUUUGUGUUCUGGGAUUCAGUUCAUCCGUCCGAGAGCUUGAAUCGUAUCUUCGCCAACCAGACGCUGAGGACCAGCCUGGCCGAGUUCUUAUAGUUGAUGUAGGCCGUUUAAGAUCUCAUAUAUAUAUAUAUAUCCACAAGCUUAAGAAACAA